CUGAUCGCCUCGAUGACAAGGCCGCCAGUUACUGUUCGUGCACGAAUGCGACGAAAUACUCGAGCGUCUUGGCGGGUUUUCGCUCGGAGCUGCGCUCACGAGACCAGCUCGACACGGAAACGGAGGUGACGUUUCCACGAAGAGGAGAGAGAGUAAACGUUGUGACACGAGACGAUCGGCAAUCGUCGAGGAGAGCUCGCGUACGACACGAAGCAAGUGGCAGAGAGGUGAACCAGCACCAGAGCACCAAAGGCUGCAUUUUAGUCGAGCUUUGGCCGCGCUGAUAGGCGGACGAUACGUAGCUGAAUGAGGCUCAUGGAACCGUUGGGUGUUGCCCCGGACAUGGUGGAGACGGGCGCAUUGAAAAAAUGGUCCGACUUCCCCGUCCAGCACCGAUUCACAGACUAUUCCAAUUCCAUUGGAGAGCCUACGCAUCAUACAAUAAGUCCAUUUCCUUGUCAACCAGCGAUUAACAACAAACUUGCUCUGUGGACUGGGGAUAUCUCUGUUCUACAAGUGGAUGCAGUAGUAAACUCUACCAAUGAAACAAUGGAUGAUAACAGUCCUAUGUGCCAAAGAAUAUUUGCUCGAGCUGGUUCAGCACUUAAAAUGGAAAUAUUUAGUGAAAUUAAAGAGUGCAAAACUGGUGAAGUAAGGGUAACGCAAGCUCAUGCAUUACCUGCACGCUUUAUUAUUCAUACUGUUGGACCAGUAUACAAUGUGAAGUACCAAACAGCAGCUCAAAAUACAUUGCACUGCUGCUAUAGAAACGUUUUACAAAAAGCACGAGAGCUUGGUUUACGUACGAUCGCACUACCAGUAAUCAAUUCUGUGCGAAGAAAUUAUCCUCCUGAUGCAGGAGCGCAUAUUGCACUUAGAACAAUAAGAAGAUUUUUGGAGCAAUAUGGUGAUUCUGUUACAUGUAUUGUGUUUGUGUUGGAGCCAUGUGAUCUUGGAAUAUACGAAGUUCUUCUUCCACUUUAUUUCCCGAGAAAUUUAGCAGAGCAGGAUAAUGCUUGUUGGCAGUUACCGAACGAUAUAGGUGGAAUGGAUGGGGAACCUUUACUUCCUGAUCGACAAAUUAGAAUCAUCGACAAUCCUCAACAUGCUUUACAUGGUGAUGAAAGUGUAGAACUGUCUGCGCAAUUAGAGACAUCCGUAAAUAUUGGCGAACACGCGUUUGCACAAAUGCAAGGUGAUUUAGAUCGACAGAGACUCCUCGGCGAAAGACCACCAGCCGAUCCACUAGCGGAUAUCAUGCUGAAACAAAUGCAACAGAAAGAAAGGUACGAGAGGCUCCUCAGAAGGGCGAAGACGGAAGAUCUGUCGGAAGUUUCAGGAAUUGGCUGCCUCUAUCAAAGCGGUGUCGAUCGUCAGGGUCGACCGGUCGUCGUGUUCGUCGGCAAAUGGUUUCCCGCCACUAAAAUCAAUCUAGACAAGGCGCUGCUAUACUUGAUACAGUUGUUGGAUCCAAUUGUUAAAGGCGACUACGUUAUCGCUUAUUUCCACACGCUCACGACUAGCAACAACUAUCCUAGUUUGCAUUGGUUGCGCGAAGUAUACAACGUGCUUCCUUACAAGUAUAAGAAGAACCUGAAACACUUUUACAUUAUUCACCCGACUUUUUGGACCAAGAUGAUGACAUGGUGGUUCACGACGUUCAUGGCUCCAGCCAUCAAACAGAAGGUUCACAAUUUACCUGGAGUCGAGUAUCUUUACGACGUGAUGUCUCCCGAGCAACUGGAGAUCCCCGCUUAUAUCACGGAAUACGACAUGACGAUAAACGGCUUGAGGUACUACCAGCCGGACCCGAUCUCGUCGUCACCGUCGACGUCCACGUAACUCUGCGACCGGACCUCCCAGCCAGCGAAGCACUGGACAGAACCAAGCAAUCGGAUCGACCGUUCCGCUCGAUAGUACGGUGUUUGUAGUGGCGCGCGCGCGCCCACCGACCACCCAUAUGCCAACUCGGCGCGAUCACGUUCCUUCCAGCGACGUCCAUCCGAAGGAAAAACGGAUCGAAGCGGCAAAAAGUGCCUGGUGACGGACGGAAGACGUGGAAGGAGACUCGGACGACGACGAGAGCGGUCGGUGCUUCGCGCGAUAACUGUUCCCUUCGAUGAUCGGUCGCUGAAAAAUGAAGAAACCACUGCCCACCCUGUUUGUUUCUCGCCGCGAGUCGCGUGCUCUUUCGCCGAGGAAAGAGAUCUCUCGCGUUUCUCUAGGUAUCGUUUCGCGAAGGAACGUUCGGCCGUACAUUGAUCGACGCUGGACUAUAUCGAGAAGGUAACACGGUGAUGUCCAGGAGAGAUGGACGAUGUUCAAAGAUGAGGAAGAGAGGGAGGAAUAACAUGAGAAUUGUCGUUCGCGUGCUACGCGGAUAUCGGCUGCCAAAACACCAAUAAUCAGUAUUCUCGUCGUCGUUGUUACGGAUGGAACGUGUGGGAUCUUGUUGUUCAAUUAUAAGUAGCUAAGCUAUUGUACGAUUUUAGAACGGGAGGGGGGAGGGGGGGAGGAGGCGGGACGUGGUGGAAUGUUUGGGGAGAAAGGUCGUCGACGACGUACCUGUAGAGUUAAAUUGACGGCUUAACAAUGAAAAAAAAUGUCGAUCGCUUUUUUGUUAUUUUCUUAUCCAUCGUUGUACAGCGAGGAAGCGUCUAUUCGAUUAUUGUACAUCGUAUUUUAUUAUGUCACGUGGUUGGUGAAUGAAGUCGCGGCCGCUGGCACGCGGUAUUUUCGAUAUGUGUAAAAAGAAAAAAAGAAAAAAAAAAAGAAGAAAAAAGAAAAGAAAGGGAAACGUUUGAAGAGAAUACUGUGCAACGUUGUGCAAAUUCUUGGGAUGCGGAGAGCGGCAGGUUCCUCUCGUGGCGCUACGGCUUCGGUUCUUUAGCGUGGAUCACUUAACCCAACGUGUAUAGGACUGACUAACGUUAAAUGCUCGUUAGAUGCGCGUGCUUUGGAGUUUGUUCACGAGAUGAGUCAAUUAAGCGUCAUCUUUGGUUCGCAUUGUGCUCGCACGAUGAAAUUAAACGAAUCCUAAUGGCACGUAAUCGAUUCAUCUUCGACGCGAAUGAACGAACGAGAAUCCCAAGAAGAUUCAAUGGCUGAGCGCCGAGGUCGUACUCGCGGUUCAAUUCUAGAUUAGAUGAAGCAAUAAACUCUUAAGAGCUUUCUCCCGACUUGUACACGUACGUGCACAGUACGUUCACUUUGGAUAUACACAGGCUAUUACAUCUCUGAUCGUCUAAAUGUGUGAGGAAUCUCGAAUGAAACUUGAAUCUUCUUUGAAAUUUUCCAAAUUCUAUUAAUUGUUCAAUAUCAGAUCACAUAACUUUCGUGCGAAAGAUUCGUUCAUAUACUUGAAUAAUCGCAAAGAUAAUAGUGUGCGUAUAUUUAAUUUAGAUACACUGCAUGCGUGUACGUGUAUACUUCGUGGGACAGAAUCGUUAUACUCAUUGUUAAGCAUUUUUAGAAACACGAAAUGACGAAGCAAAAUGUUGAUGAUAAUCGCGUUUGUAUAUCACUGUCAAUUAGCUCAUUUCUUUCGCGUCAUUUCGAUCAGUAUCGUUCAGAGCUCCAAAAGAGAAAGAAGAAGUAAAGAAAAAUCGUUGAUUUCUUGGUGAAUGGACGAAAAAAAGACCAAUGAGUUAAUUGACCGUACCUGCGAGUCAGAGAUGCGUUAUAAUUUUACAUUAUUAUUGACUCCAAAUAGUUCGAGAAUGCUUGAUCGUUGAGAUAUCUUUUUAUUACUUUUUAUUGCGUUGGUGAUAUUCAUUGACGUUAGAAUAGCGUUAGAGUAGCAGUUUCAUUGAAACGACGUGACGCGAAAGAGUGUAUCCAUUCGUUCCAAUGAGAAAUCGGUUUAUCCUAUUUUCAAAAGUAGUUCAAUUUAUUUAAAUUUCUUUUUAUUUCGAACACGGGGACACGGAUUCGAAAUUUCUCUCAUCCUUUUUCUUAUAAAUAUUAUAUCGUGAUUCAUUGACGAAACGAUUCCGCUAACUGCGAGUCGUUAAAAUUAAAUACGGAGGUUUCUACAAUUCAUAAAAUUUAUUAUUACGAUGAAAUAUCGCGAUCCAUGAACCACUGAAGCGUCGAUAUCUUUUCGAAAAGAUAAUCUCCACGUAAGAAAUAGUUUCUAAAAAUAAUUUCUACAAAAUGUAAAGUUUCCUUAGUUUCGUGUCUCUGUUUCGAGUUCUUUCGUUUCCAGAUUUCGUACACAGGACACGAGCGAUUCUUGUGCGUGACACGAAAUCUCAAGUCACUCGCCUUGGUCAAUCGGCGGUUCCUUUCGACGUUUUACGUUGAACGACCUCACUGUCCGUCCCUGACAAUCGUUUAUAGUAAGUAGCCAAGCGUUUCGCGCAACGUGUCGUCCAAACAUCAUCGUUGCUAUUUGUUGUUUCCUCGAAAAUACGUACAGAUGCUCCUAUCGAUCGUUGAGUACGGUUUGGACGAUCAGACGUUGCUCUCGUCGCGAUCGUGUAGAAAUUCUGUCGAAGCAGAGAGACUCGAGUCGUAUGUAUGUGGAUGUCGUAGAUAGGGCGAAGAAGAUUCGUGACAAUAUGCAACUACUGCGUGCUUAGCGGAGGCUGAGAUUCUAUCUUUAAAGUCCUGAUCUAGUCAGUGAUCGAGGUUUGGAACCGAGAAUAGUAUUAAAAAUUGCACGAUGUAACUGAUUUAAAACGUCAGACGAGGAUUGCGAGGUUUUAAUCCUGUUGCUGUCCGCAAACAUAUAGGCAUGCUCUCGAUCAUUUUCUAUCCAAAAUAGCAAUAUUUUUCUAACUAAAUAAGAAUUAUUCUGAUUGAACAAACUACAUAUGAUUUUUUGUUGUUUAAAUAAGAGCAAGGUUAAAAUGUAAACGUCUAAAGAUCGUAGCAGGAUUAAAAUGGAAAUUUAAAUUUUCUGCUGAAAGGGAGAGAAAUCCGAAAUCUGCAUCUCUUGUAAAAGAUCUCUCUCGAAAAAAAGGAGAUUCGGACGAAGAUAUGAAAAUAUAAAUGCUGCCUCGUCGGUCGACUAGGUAAUAGGACUUUGAAAGGGACGUACGAGCAUUAGGCUUCGCGCUUAGAAGAUAAUCUACGGCUUGGAAAAAAAAAAAACGAAAAAAGAAAAAAAUAAAGAAACUUCAGUCGAAACCGCUGUUCCCUCGCUUUUAGGAGCCGCGAAACGGAAACGGCCAGACCGAACGAGAAGAGCUUUGUAAAACUGUGUGUGCGUGUGUUUUGACGGUAGGCGAUUUUUUUUUCUUCGAUCGGUGCUGUUGUUCACCUUUAGAAUUCCGAGAUUCACGUUUACUUUCCGAACUUUUCUGCUCGUGCACAGCCAUAAAUCGGCCGUGAUCCGAUGUCUCGUUUCGCUUUCGGACGUGUACUCGAUUCGUGAUUCGUUAUCAAAAUGAAACUCGGAGUGAAUUGAAAAAGAAACUUGCUCGAUCCUGCGUGAGAAUACACGUCGAACACGUGAAGCGGAGAAUUUUUUUGUAAAUAUAAAAGUACCUUCGUUAAAGAGGAAACUGAUUCUCUCGAUAAAAAGAUUUAUUGAAAAGUUGAGAGAGAGAAAAAAAAAAGAAAAUAGACUCGAAAUGUUGUUUUCUCGAAAAUGUCAAGCGAAUAACGAUAUAUGUAGACUGCGGAUUUUUAUGCACUCAUGCAUACGAUAAUAUAUAAAAUAUCCGAAGUAGAACAUUUAUUAUUAUACAUGUAGUAAGUGAAAAAAAAAUUUCUAUUUCAGUUACAUUCGUUUAAUUAAAGGAUAUAUGAAAAUCCGCAGUCCAACGAUGAGAGAAAGAUGAUUUUUCUCGUUCUCGUUCUGUCUUUACGCAGAAUCGAAUGAUUUACGAUGAUCGCGUAGAUCAAUAAUUAAACCGAGAUAACUUAGAAGCGAUAUUGUUCUACUAAUCGUGCUGAAAUUCAUUGUUAACCGCGUUCCAACUAAUCGCAAGUUUUGCUAACUAAACGGUAAUUAUAGGGUUAAUCGUUGAACGCCAUCAGCGUUAUUAAAGGUGAAUUUUAUAUGGGGAGAGGCAUAUAUUAUAUUAUCGAUAUGUUGAAAACGUUUGACCGAUGUAUUCUUGGAAAGAGAAAAAAAAAAGAAAAGAAAAAUGGCGGAUUACUGUUUCAAUCUACUCAUGCUCUCGUUCAAAAUUCUGGAGUAUGUUUGAUGAAUUUUUGAAAGAAACUCCCGAGUGAAUAAAUAUCUUAUUUGCGACGACUGCUAUUUCAUAAAGUAUCAAAACUUAACUGAAUAAUACUUAAGCAUUGAAACUUACUCUUGUUACUUACUCUCAUCAGUUGGCAUUUGAACUUGUACUUAUUUCUCGAAGAAAUAUUUUCAGAAACUCAACGAUUGUAAUUAACUGACGUUAUAAUUACGAUAUUUUUAUUUCUCAGGAAAAGAAAGUACGAAAAAAAAUUUACUUUGUCUGAGAGGCAAAGAAGAGAGUGUGCGCGCGAUUUCGUGCGAGUUUUUACUUGUGUUUUUUUCCUUUCGAGCUAGGAGAACAGUUAAUUAUCGUCGACGAAGAGAACUAGGACGGAAAACUUCACGUUCUACUUUAGGCAGAGAUCUUUUUACGAAGAAAAGAAAAAUUGUAAAGAUCAACACUGAUGAGAAACGAGAUCGGAAGCUUCGGAAACUACACGUGCAUUAUUGUAUGUAUACGUCGUACGCAUUACGAUAUAUCGGUUUAACUAAUUGUAAUUGUUGUCGCGAUGGUAAUAGAUUCUAAUUAAUCGAGGUAUAUUUUUCUCUCGGUGCGGAUGCACGGCCUCUAACCUUGAUAACCAAGGUGCACACCUUGCCCUUUCGUCUGUUUUUUUAUAGAUCGAGCAAUAAACGUAUUGUUUCAAUA